CACAGCCUAAAGCAAUCUGAGUAUCAUCACAAUGUGUAGCGAUGAAAUGGAAAUCGUUGAAUAUCGCCAGUACUGCCCACCAGGAGUACAGCGAGUAAUUGCAUCAGGAACUAGCGCCUGGAUUGGUGAAGUGGAUGAAUCCACAGUUCUCAAGUAUCCUCUCACACCCGGUGGAGACAGGAGCCGCCUCGAACUAGAGUAUGAGAUUCUCUGCAAAGUUGGCAAACAUCCCCGGAUUAUCGGAUUCAAGCACCUUUCUGCCGAUGGACUGUACCUAGAGCGCGCUACAAAUGGAACAUUGCACAGUUUCAUACUAUCGAAUCACACAACUAUCUUUUCCCAACAGCGAUUAGCAUGGUGUCGAGACGUUGCUGAGGCAGUUGCCCAUGUCCACUCCAGGCGGGUCAUCCACUGCGAUAUCCAACCUACAAAUCUGCUCCUCGACGAAAAUCUUUGCCUGAAGCUCUCAGACUUCCAGGGAAACUAUCUAUCAGAGACUGGUGAGAUCAUUUUAGAAGGCGGAAGUGCCGAGCCGUGCAGGUUCUUCUGCCCUCGAAUUGACCCGUUCCAUGCUGACGUCAAGACGGAUCUGUUUGCGCUUGGCUGUACGAUAUAUUUCAUCAUGAUGGGCCACUGUGUCUUUCCGGAUAUUGUCGAUGGGGAGGAGGGAUGGCAUGAUCGAGUCCGGAGCCGUUUUGAAAAUGCCGAGUUCCCGCAGGAUUUUCAUGCCUGUAGUGCCAUUACUGCCAAGUGCUGGGAAUUGAAGUAUAUGUCCGCAAUCGAGGUUUUACGGGACAUAGAAGAAGUUGAAAUGAAGGUCUGAGAGAAGCCUUGAGACCAGGUCAGCGCCUCUGUAUUUUUUUUUGCUCGAGAUAAGGAUGUGGAUGCCGAGGAGGUAUUCCUUGGGCUAUCAAAUAGAAGGAAGCUCUGGUAAAACCACGAUAACGAGAAUUUGGUAUAAUUCCCGAACUUUCCAUAAAACUUAUAGCUAAAGGCGCUUCUAUCACCAGCUAGAGCCCUUCCACUAGGCAGCACUCAUACUAGACUGAGCGCUUCUUGUGCAAAUACCCAACACAGUAUUUGGCCGAGUAGCCAUUUUUUCCCCCC